UGUGGAGGCUGAUUAGCGUGUACACGGAUCAUAAACCGCUCGGAUAAAUAGCCAGCAAACCAUUAACUAGUGUUCCUCGAUUUUUUGACAGGAUACUAAUCCGGCUCCAAAAAUACGACAUGGAUCUUGUGCACACCCCGGGGACGCAAAUGUUCAUCCCGGAUGUUCUGUUCCGAACUCAUCUUCCGAUAGCCGAAUACCAACAAAAAGAAAUCGAGACAGUAAAUCUGGCACAACAUCUGGAGGUAGCGGAAGAUUACCCGAAGUACAUAAAACGUCAUAUGGAGGCAGCUGUGACAUGCGUGUCAUUGCAAUAUGUGGUUUUGAGUGAAUGGCCAGAUACCAAGGGAAAACUUUCAAAGGAAGUAACGCUCUUUCUCUACUCUCGGAAUGAACUCACGGUAGGACGACUUGCCAUUCAAAAGAAAUCACAGUUUGACCCCACUGCCGUUUCGCAAAGAGAUGAUAGGACAUGCUCAUCGAGUCCAUUUGGGUGUUAACUAAACCAUUGUCAGAGUACGCAAACUGAUGUUUUGUCCCGGGAUGACGAGUCCAAUCCGAGAUCUAGUAGCAAGCUGUUCAAUCUACCGGUCACACGACGCUAGCCAAGCCAGCGAACCAAUGAUACUGCGCGAAAUCCUAGAUCGACCAUGGCAAAAUUUGCAGUUGACUUGUUCUGUAACAACGGGAAAAACCGCUUAAUCACUGUGGACUAUUACAGUGACUAUUUUGUGAUAGAUCCACUAAGGGCUACCUCCACGAAGUAAUCAUCAGCAAACUUACAUGUCAAUUCGCCAGGCACGGAAUACAGGAGGAACAGAUCUCUGACAAUAGUCAGCAAAUUACAAGUGCUGCGUUCAAGGCUUUCGCGAACAAGUAAAAAUUUUCGCAUCGACAAACCGUAUCCC